AUUCCUAUUUCUUAUCCGCAACGCUUAUAAGUAAGCCCGUGAGUAAAAACAACCCUAUUGUGAUCGGUAAAUCAUCGGCUUGGUGUCGACAUUCGUCAUUCUAUUUUGCUGCUUAUCAUUGAGCCACUGGACAUAAUUUCUACUCCAUAUAAUUACCCAGGAUUGCAUAAUGUUCCAAGUGCGACCAAAUCUGUAUAGCCGAAUCCUAAAACCGUUGGUAAAUUGUACUGUAACGCAACGCAAUAAUCACAUAGAAACAAAAGUAAAACUUAGUGACGGCAUCACCAUCAAUUAUGUACAAACGGGCAAAGGGGACAAAAGCGUAUUGCUAAUGCCUGGUGCACUUGGMWCUGYCUGGWCASAUUUYMAACCACAAAUUGAAAAACUACCUGAGCUGCUACCAAAUCAUACAAUAAUUGCAUGGGAUCCGCCCGGUUACGGAAAGUCUGUACCGCCAGAACGACAUUUUCAUCUCGACUUUUUGCGAAACGAUGCACGUUAUGCUGUAGACCUGAUGCGAACUAUAGGAAGACCCAAAUUUUCUAUACUAGGAUGGAGUAAUGGUGGCAAAACUAGCAUCAUUGUGGCAGCUCGCUUUGUCGAAUGUGUCGAAAAAUUAGUUAUAUGGGGUGCUCCUGCUUAUUUAAAUGCUGAAGAMGAAAAAAWAAUGCGAGUUUUGCGCGAUGUGCAGAAAUGGUCACAACGGAAUCGUGAAGCAAUGGAGAAAGUAUACGGUGUAGAGGGAUUUCCWAARUURUGGUCUGCRUGGGUUGAURCURWGMUUGMAAUUUAUAAAGWGCGUAAAGGAGACUWUUGUUGCACAGAAGUAUCUCAAAUAAAAGCCCCAACUUUUUUAUUGCAUGGCAAGAAGGAUCCAAUGAUUUCCGCCGAGCACAUACCAUAUCUAAGGGAACGUAUAAAAGAUUGCAAGUAUUAUGAAUUCCCCGAAGGCAAACAUAAUAUUCAUCUCCGUUAUGCAGACGAGUUCAAUAAAUUGGUAGCGCAUUUCUUAACGCAAGAGCCCUAACAUCGUACUGAAAGUAAAACAGUUUUAUAUAUGCAGGGUUUGUCCGGAAUGUAAUAGUAAUAAUACUGAGUUGAAAUAGGCUCCUUCUGGAAGGCGUCACUAAAGGCAUUCUCCGAAAUAACCUUGAGAGAUGUGGUACAUGCUACUUGGAUCCCCUCUGUCGUCUCAAAAUGCUAGGAAGAAUGCCUCUUUGCCUCGGGAUCCAUGACUCGUUACCUAUGAUUACGUUAUUCAAAAAUUGGGGGACCCUUUCACACAUGUUCAAAUUUUUAUGGCUCACUUCUAAUCGCCGCAAUUUCUGAUUGUCAGUGAGCGCUUUUGGGACCGUCUUCGCGCACACCUUGCGCAUGUUCAAGUGCUCUGUCACAAUGUCAUGAACCAUAGAAAUUUAUAAAUUUCACAU